AUGAGUCGAAAUGCUUUCCUUGCGCGUAUGGCUUUGGGCCGGUCACCGUACGAGCCCACUCCGGAAGCUGCAGAAUCACCACUUCAACCAACGAGUCCUCGUCAACAACAAUACAAUGCUCGAGGUGAACCUAUCGACCCUCUCACAACUCGGCACAACGAGGCCAUGAUAGCAGCCAAGAAUGAAGUCCUAGCUGCUGUCGGUGUUUGCGAGAAAAAAGACAAACUCAUCGAUAAUCUUGAAGAGGAGUUGAUCAAUGACAAUCAACGCGUCAGAUUUACUGAUCAGGAAUGGAAAAUCAUCAAAGAGGGUGAGGAUGAUUACGGCGAACUGAUUCGUAUGAUAGCGGAGACAUCCAGGAACGUCUUGACGUGGUGGAUCAUGAGUUUGCGUAAACGAGUGCAAGUCGGCUUCAUCUCGUCGGAUCUCAGCUUUGUCGAGAUUUUGAUACGAGAGCGGGCCAACUUGGCCAGCAAUGGAAUACUCGGAGCUAUUAGAUACCUCACUGUCGGUGGGCUCUCGGAAGUGGUUUCCCAACUCAUGCUCACAUUCGCCGACUGGUACCUAGGCGAAUAUGUAUUGGAACUAAGCAAGAAAGUCAUUCGUCUGAAGGCCAGCACCAGAAAGCGUUUCAUGCUUCUCAGAUGCGUCAACUAUGGCUACAAGACUUUGAAUGCCUUGGUUCAUCUCUCUGUCUAUUCGCUGUCUUCCUUCUCAUGCCUUCAACAAAUUGGCCUCGUUUCUUCAACAUCUUUCUUGCCUCCGAGAUCUUGGCUGAUACCUUGGAAUCCUGAAUCACCUCUCCGCUGGGCAUUAUUGAAUGCAGAUCCAAGUGGAGGUUCAAGGAUGAAGGGCUUACUGCUCUCUCCAGCAGCUCUAUGGUUGACAAUGUCAUUGCUCCAACAUUCUGCGGCAUCGGCAUAUGGCCAUGUGCCUCUAUUCGAAUACAGCUGUAUCCUAGGCCCUCACAACGCAGUUUCUCUACCACAAGCCUCAGACGCCGAUGACACCAAGCUUUUGACUCCAUUUUCACGAUUCAGAAAUUGGAUUUUGCAGUCUCUAGAAUGGGCACCAGUCCCUGCUAUUCAGGAGAAGGGGGUCCAAGACUUGAUGAGCGAUGGCGAAUACGGAAGAGAAAGAGAAACACGUCAACGUCAAACAGCGACCAGAUAUCGCGUCACUGAGCUGUCGACUUUACCUUCCAAUCUCCUGGCCUUGAACCUCGACUACCUGAUCUGGGCCAUCCUUAUGCUCCCUCUGGACACGGUACAUCUCCGCACUCUGGCAUCUCUCUUCCUCUCGAGUCCAACAGCGAGAGAUGGAAUCGAAGACGGAGUCUCUGCAGGUUUAGUUCCCAGAUCUGCAGCAACCAGAACAGGAAUGGUGAACAAAGUCGGCUUGUGUCUGGCGUUGGAGUUCACACUCGACACUGCAGUCUGGAGCGGUGCAUUCCUUUGGGCGAGAUACAUUGGCACUUCGAGGUACCAUUGGGGACAUACCUGA